AUGCAUUAUUAUACAUUCUUCAACAUUGAUUUGAGUGAACUCUCCAUCAGUCUUCUUGCAGUGAUAGUAAUUGUAUGCGGACUGGCUCUAGUGGCAGUUUUUCUAUUCCUUUUUUGGAAGCUGUGUUGGGUUCCUUGGAGGAACAAAUCUAUUUCAACUAAUACCCCCACCACUCAGAAUUUGGCAGAGCACGACAAAGACAAUAUGGCUGACAAGCUAAAAGAUACUGGAACUCUUGGAUUCUUGGAAGCAGCAGUAAAAAUUAGUCACACGUCACCAGAUAUCCCAGCAGAAGUUCAAAUGUCCAUGAAAGAUCAUCUCAUGCGACGCACACGAAUGCAGAGACAAACAACAGAACCUGCGUCUUCCACCAGGCACAUUUCUUUCAAGAGGCACCUGCCCAGACAGAUGCAUGUUUCCAGUGUGGACUAUGGCACGGAUCUGCCACUUGCAGCAGAGCAGCCCACUUGCAUUGGCCGGAUCAAGCCUGAGCUGUACAAGCAGAAAUCUGUGGACUCUGAGGACCCCAAGAAAGAAGCGGAAAAAACCUGUGGGAAAAUAAAUUUUUCUUUGAAAUACGACUAUGAAAAUGAGACUUUGAUUGUGCGGAUCCUCAAGGCUUUUGACUUGCCUGCCAAGGACCUCUGUGGCAGUUCUGAUCCCUAUGUUAAGAUCUACCUCCUGCCUGACCGAAAACGCAAGUUCCAAACACGUGUGCACAGGAAAACUCUCAAUCCCACCUUUGAUGAAUGCUUUCAAUUUCCUGUGCCCUAUGAAGAGCUGACCAAUAGAAAGCUCCAUCUUAGUGUCUUCGACUUCGACAGGUUUUCCCGGCAUGACAUGAUUGGGGAGGUAAUCUUAGAGAACCUCUUUGAAGCCUCGGAUCUCUCUCGGGAGACCUCCAUCUGGAAGGAUAUUCAGUACGCUACAACUGAAAGUGUGGAUCUGGGAGAGAUCAUGUUUUCCCUUUGUUACCUGCCAACUGCAGGUCGCCUCACUCUAACAGUCAUUAAAUGCAGGAAUCUCAAAGCAAUGGAUAUAACUGGAUACUCAGAUCCAUACGUCAAAGUAUCUUUGCUCUGUGAUGGAAGGAGACUGAAAAAGAAGAAAACCACUAUAAAAAGAAAUACACUUAAUCCUACCUAUAAUGAGGCAAUAAUUUUUGAUAUCCCUCCUGAGAACAUGGAUCAAGUCAGUCUGCUUAUAUCAGUUAUGGAUUAUGAUCGGGUUGGCCACAAUGAAAUUAUUGGGGUUUGUCGUGUGGCAAACAAUGCUGAGGGACUAGGCAGAGACCAUUGGAAUGAAAUGUUGGCUUAUCCACGUAAACCAAUUGCACAUUGGCAUCCACUCGUAGAAGUGAAGAAAUCCUUUAAGGAGUGGCAUGGCCGUGCAGCCAGCUUUGAUAGUCAAAGUUCCUGCCCCUCUCCCAAACCACCUUCAACACCAUGA